AUGACCUGGACCGCAGCGCCAUCUGUGCACGCACAAGAACAACCUACAGCCUGGAUGUUUGGAUCCAUCCAUACGCCAGAUGCCACCAAACCUAUGCACCAGCUAUGCGCUCCUCAAUUGAGCUACUUGAAGGACAUCGUAAAGUCAUGGGAUAAACUCUUAGUGCCGGAUGUCUGGGCGGAGCAUUUACAUGAUCAGUCGUUGAUAGGCACUGCGUUCGAGAAGAGUAGUUUCUUCGAGACCUUCACCACUGAACUCGACUUUCAUCGUGUUCGUGUCAUGCUAAACCAAAUCCGGGAUGACCUCAUGGAGUUCAAGUACAACCCCUUCGCAAGUCCUCAUAGUGCUUCGCCCACCUUCUGCUCGUCACUCCAGCGCUACACGAUCAGUGCGCGCGAUAAUCAUCAACAGAGGAAUCAGAAUUCGCUCGCUCUGCGAACACAUAAAACUCUCAACCAAGUGGCGCAGAUUUUGCAUUACCGAGACACACCUCUGUUGGCAGAGCACGUUAUUGCUUCAGCCCUCGACGGUAUACCUGGUGUCUAUAUUCGAAAGCAGAAUAUGGGCCUAGAUGGCCAGCAGAUUGUUCCCGACACCAUCCAGUUCAUGGCACUCUACAUUCCUAUCCAACCGAUCACUGGACUGAGCCUCGAGCGACUUUUGCGAUUGCCUGCAAGUCGCAUGAAUCCCGCUCUCUUGCUGUGCGCCGUGGGGCCUCGUCCCUGGAACAUGCAAUGCCAGCGGCAAUGGAACGACCAUGAAAACAUGUUGUUGCCAACCCGCUAUGAUAUGGCGCGAACUGCUGCACCGAGUCUUUCCUCCCUUGUAGAUGGCUUGCGGCAUCAAUCCGACACCGGUACCACGGUGGUGAACAUUCCAGAGUGGGCGCUGAUCAUCGGCCUAAUAUACGACUCACAAGACGUUCAUUUCGUGGCUCAUAUACCGUUUUUCUCCGCUUCUGCCAAGGAACCACGUUAUCUGUCUUUCCUCUUCGCCACGCUCCCGUUCCCUUCCCAAUGCAUCGAAAAUGCCAGGGACUUCGUCAAGGCGCGCUACCGAGUUGCCAUAGCACUAUUGUCCAUUCAGCAACACGUAUAUCGCAUAUAUGGCGACAGACGCUUCAAGACGCUCUACAACUGGACCAAAGUGUACCAGAGCCACGGUGAUUGCUGGUUGUCCAUUGCCUCGCGCAUCUUAAAUCUCCUUGAUGAGAAAUACGUGGCUCGACCGGGUGCGUAUAGCAUAGGACCGAUACCUGUUCCGCGCGUAUACCUAGAAGAUGAUGACACCGGACAAUCACUCGACACUCUACCCGACAUUGAUGUAUUCUUGACCAAGCUAAUAUUACGAUGGCUACAGAAAAUGCAACGAAAUUGGGUAGCUGGCCACGAGGACUAUUGCUGGCUCACUACGCAAGAUCGCGACACACUCUCUCCAUACGUUCCUCGUUUGUACGUGCGCGAUGACAGUACCUUGGGUCAGAAAACGAGUGCCCUCAUCCUCUACCACCCGUGUACCGAAUCAACUCAGUUUUGGCGAGAGCUGCCUCCAGAGGGUCUCAUCGGGCAUUUCAUCACCCGCAUCCUCGGGGGCUCAUCCUCGUUCUGGACAUCCGUAUCACUCGGAAGACAGGUGGAUGUACCGAACGAUUCUCUGCCAUUCUUUGUCGCAGUACAAGGGAAAUAUUGCGAUCGACGCGACGCUGCAGCAAUGGCACUUGCUGUGAGGACCGCUCGUCUGGACAUGACGUGCGUCUUGCAUCGCACGCUCGACGCGUUCGUCGAGCAUCACUACAAAGCGCAAGACUGGCGGACCGACCGAGAGCUCACGGACGCGGAUGCGCGGAUCGCGCUGGACGAGAACCUGUUCGUGCUCAGCGUGUUCUACAGCAACUGCACCUUCAGGUCAUUCGUCAAUUACCCAAAGCCCGUGAAGAACUCGGAAGGAAGUUACAGGUGGAAAUCUCACAACGUGGAGUUGGAGGCCUUCGAUUUCGAGCAACCUCUGCAGCUUCGUGAAAGGGCAGUGAUCUUCUCGACGAUGUUGACGAUUGAACAACAUAUAUAUAACCUGAAGGGUCUCGGGCUAGUACAGAAUCAGUAG